UGAUGGCCCGUGUGACGAAGCCGUUCAUGAUAAUGCGAUAGUGUUGGUCCGUGCUUAGCACUUGAUAAAAGAUAGCGGUGACUGAACAGAUGCCAGUACUCACCCGCAGCCCGACCUGUCGGCCGACAGCCGCGUACUCGCCCCGUGCGCAUCGGUGCACCGUCUCGCCGUCUCGCCGUCUCGCCGUCUCGUCGUCUCGCCGUCGUCGCGAUCGUCGCGAUCGUCGCGAUCGUCGCGAGAGCGUGGAGCAGGGACGAUCUCUCGGGUUACCUCGGAAUAUAACCGUACCCCGACGUCCUCCAGGAUUCGAAAAGAUCCCGAAAGGAGCCCGCUCCAGAAGCUGCAGCGUCUGGAAAUUGCUGGAAGCGUUCGGGAGUCGCGGCGCGAUGCCGAGGUUCUGGUUGCCGUUCGACGAUCGAUCCGGCAAAGGGGAUUCGCCGUUCGAACGCCGAUAAUCUCGUAGAAUCCGAGAGUUCUCGGUGAAGAAGGUGCUCCCAGGUAGGAUGAUCGUAGCGGUUCGGCGACAGUACUACUUCAAGAAGAUCCGCUGCAAACGCUGAUACGUUCCAUCGUCUCCCUCCCACCCUCUCUCUUUCUCUCUUCUCGUUACAACCUGCCGAGAGACGCGCGAGAAUCGAGGCCCCGGAGCAACGUCGAUCUCUGCGACGGAAGAGAAGAUGCUGCGCGAGCCGUGACCGAGGAUCUCGCGAGCAGCCCGAGAACCAGAUUCGCUACCCUGCGAACGCGGACGGAACGCGCCCGAAAGUUUCCUUCGGCGAAGGCUGCCGCUGCCGCUUCUGCUGCCGCUUCUGCUGCCGCUUCGAACAGGGGUCGAAGAUUUCUCGUCCAACUCGCGUAGGACUCGGCGUGCCCCGGGCACGCUCGCGGACCGGCGGACCGUCCUCGGGCAUCGAGAGCGACGAGUCGGCCGCGAAGAAAAGCGGAGAAUGUCCUGUCGGCGGUGUGCCCUCGAAGGGACGCACCUGCCGGAGAGCUCGCGCGCCGCCACAGCCCCGAACGCGACUUACGAUGAACGAUGAGCGGUGGCGCGUCUAGGCUCGAUCGGGAUCGGAUGAGAAUGGUCGAGUUACGCGGCGGCACCGGGAUGACGAGCGGUCUGAGCGGUCGUUCGUCGAAUCGGCUCCAUUACGCGAUACUCACGAUCUUGGACACGGUGUUCUCGGUGGCCGUGGCCGCCCCCGCGGUCGUCGGCUACUGGAGGGGCACCUGGGGCCUGAGCAACGUCUACGUCUACCCGGAGGACCCCGUCCUGAGCAGCCUGACCUCGGUCGUGAUCGGCUUCGUCGGCCUGUUCGCGUUCAACGUCUCCCAGAACUUGCUGAACGAGCUGCUGCACCCGGACAAGCACCGGUUGUCCUAUUACGUCGGAUCCAGGCUGUACACGGCCGUGUUCGGGUUCUGCUGCGUGAACGCGUGGCGCGGCGCGUGGCAGGCCCUCGACCUUUACACCGAACUCACCCCCAGCACCGUGUUCGCCACCACGGCCGUCAGUCUGCUCGCCCUCGCGAUCAUGCGCGCCGUCAGGAACAUAUCCGCGCCACCGUCCACCCUCUGUCUGGACUCCUGUCCCGGAUACUUCGAAGUGCCGACCAUGUUCCGCGUGAACAACACGAGAGACUGGUCGUUGUACUUACUGGAUUGCGCGUUCAGCGUUGGCGUCGUUGGUACCCUGGUCGUGUUCGUGUGGAGGGGUGUUUGGAUCCUCGUCGAUAUCUAUCUCUUCCCGGACGAUCAAGAGUACUCGGCGAUCGGAUCCCUUGCCAUCGGGUACGCGAUCGUGACGGUGACGUACUGUCUGCAGCCGCCGAUGAAAUACGUGUGCGCGCGUCUUCGAGGUCUCGCGCGGCUGAUCGCCGCGGACGGUUUCCUUCUGCUGAGCUUCCUGGGCACGGUGAACGUGUGGCGCGGCAUCUGGAACCUGCUCGACCUCUGGCUGGUCCCGACCAACCUGGAACUCUCCUGCUGGAUCACUCACGUCGGCUGUUUCGUCUUCCUCGUGCUGCUCAACUGCAGCAACUCGAUCCUCGUCCGCGGCGUCUACAUCGACGCCGAGGGGGAGGACGGCAAGUGCGUCGCGUUCCCCUGCCACUAUCUUCGAUUGUUCUUCAAGGUCGAACGCGAAAAGAAGGAGGCUCGGCGACGGAACCUGCUGGUAGCGUCGAAGGACCUCCGGCCCCGUCCCGAGAGCAACGCGAAGGACACCGAGAACGGGGCUCUCUUGUCGAACAGCGCGCCCGCUACCAUCUUGUCGACGAAUCCUGAAUCUCUGGCGUAAGCGGCGAGGAUUCGCGUUCCGCGCGAACACGUUCCGAAACGAAGAGGACCACGAAACAUCGAAAUACGUAAUCGCGAUCGAAACCGAAACCGAAACCGAAACCGAAACCGAAACCGAAACCGAAACCGAGUCGAGUUCGUGCCCGUGAUCGGUGAUCGGUGAUCGGUGAUCGGUGAAGCAGUGAAACAGUGAAGCGGUAAAGUUCAAAAGAAGGACGAGCAAAGCAAGACUCGAGCGGACCGAUUGCUCGAGAAACGGCCGAUUCGGCAGCCCGAGGGCAAAGACGGGCGCGGCCUCGUCCGGGGGCGUGGCCGGAGCUCGGACCGGGACCGGAACCAGGGUCGGUGCCCCGCGGGGCGAUCCGUAACCCGUAACAUCGGACAGACGCGGUUAGGCGAUCUCGAGUAGCGAGAUAGGUGCCUAGAUCGACGGAUAGAUCGUAGAUGGACGAUCGGACGAACCAACGGAUCGGAAGACCGAUCGAGCUAGGAAUCGAGGGUUCGCGAUCGAACGACCUCGAUGGGGACCGACGCGCGGCGGGCUACCGGACGAUCCGCUCUCGCUGCGCGCGUAAUUUUGUUCGGUCGCGCAGCGAGACGCGGGUACGUCCGCUGCGCCGGAGGAACCCGCCUCCUCCUCGAAGACGCGCGUGGCGUGACGCGCGUGCAAAACUGGGCCGCAGCGACCAGCGCGUACGUAGAACGCGCGCGUAAACGGGACACGAUUUAAUCCCGAGGCGCGCGACGUUCCUACGAUCGCGCGAAAAUUGCAACGAGAGGCCGAGUCGCGAGGAGAACGUUUUCGUAUAUACAGGAUGCUGCGCCGACGAUGGUCGUCGAAGAAAGGCGCUGUCGCGAGUACCGAGUACCGAGUACCGAGUACCGAGUACCGAAACGCAAACUUUUAGCACCUCCGUGAACAUUUACGAUCGUUCGAACAGAAUAUCAUCGACGCUCGACUGCCAACCUUAAAGACGCCGUGGAAACAAAUUUAUCACAUAGAAUCGGCCGACCCUCGUCGAAGAAACGACAACGGGGAACGCGAACGAGGCUCGGAACUCGAACUCGGCGAUUCGCCGCGAUCAACGAUAUUUCCGUUGCUCCCGACGCGAAGGUCCCGCGACCCUCUGCGGAGAAUCGCGAACGCGUUGUUCGGCUCUCGAGUCCGACGAUCGGUGUAUACGCGUACGGAGAGUAUACGCGGAGCGAACGUCGCGUCGUCGACUUCGAACCUGUCGUCGGAUUUCUAGUCAUCGAUCCGACGGGCCCGCCUCGGCCAUCGCCCGACGACGGAUCCCUCGCGAUCCGACUUUCCCGAGCGAAUCGCGACCGCGAUCCUAGCGCUGGAUGAGACCUUGACGAUGACAAUGGUAAUAGACUGGACGCGAUCGUUAUAAAUAGGUUAUAACCUUCUCCCCCGCAUCCUGUACACCCUGCGGAUUUCGCUCUUGUGCAUCAAUUACGACGUCAUGGCGUACUAAUAAUUAAUUAACUGGAAUAAUGACGGGACAAUGGGCGGCUAGGCGCAUCGAUGGGAAGUGGUUAGUUCGACGAUGAGCGACCUGCCCUCCUGGCCUACAUUUAAUAUUUUCACAAUGGACAAUGGCGCGAGUCGUGGACGGAGCCGUCGAGCCGUCGAGCCGACGCGGCGCGACGCGACGCGACGAGUCUCGUCGCCCGUCCCCGCCCCGUCGGAAAAACGGAAUCGUGCACGACCGACGAUCCAUCGAUCUCCGUCGAUCCACGGAGAUCGAUGGAACCCGGUGAAAAUUCUCGCUCGAACGCGCCGGCAACCGAUCGGUGGGUACAUAUUUGGUUGGUAUCGGUACCGAUCGGAGGACGGGAGCGAGCGAGCGCACGGUUCGCAGGCUGCUCGAAACCGAGAGGAACGGUCACCCCCGUAUAUUUAUAGGAUCGCGCAUGCGACUGUUAACCCGGAAUAUUGAUUCGAAUAAUAAAAAACAGAGGAAACGAUCCGA